AUGCCCCUCCGGGCCCGCGGGCCGCGCCGCCCAAGCGCGGAUCUGUGCACUUUGGUGAAAUGCCACAUCUGGCCUCUCUCCUGGAGGGCAACAGGGCACUCCGGCCCCGCGGGAGUUGCCCGGGAGUCCCCGGAGACGCCGGCGCCCAGGAUACCACGGGCCGGCCGGGUGCGGAACGGAUCCCGCUUGCAGCGAACUAGCGUUCGGCUGGGCUCUGAGGCAGAGGCCGGGGCGCGGCGCAGGGGACGCGGCUGGGAGAUGGGGUGGGGUAGAGAGGCCGUAGAUCGAGACGGAGGACCGAAGAGAGACAGGGCUGAGGAGAUGCGGCAGGAGGGAAGGAACGGAGAGGCCGGGCAGCGCCGACCCGGUUCCCUCGGCGCCGGGAGCCUCCGAGACUCCGCCCAGCCCACGGCCGCGACCCCGCGGGCCCCCGCCGCCCCGGGCCCAGGCCUCCGGCCGCGCUCCCUGAUCCAUCAGCUGGUUCUGCUGUCGGAGGUGGGGGAAGGGAGGGCGCCACAGCCGGUGCCAGCUUGGAGGGGGGGUAUUGCGAGGAGGGGCGGAGAGCACAUCGAAAAUUCCGAGACAUCUGUUCACCCACGGAGGAGACACCGGGCGCAAGAAGGCUGGGAGCCCCCACCCCGCCGGCUCUGCCCGAGGUUCCAGGGGCAAGGGCGGGACUCCCGUCCCCACCUCACUCCCCACCAACCUCAGCCAAGCCCCCUACCCCCAGCUAUCAAAGCUGGCCUGCAGAGCGGGGAAGAGGGGGCGCCAAGCUUGGGAUCAGACUGGGGGUGGAAUUCAGGAGCUGCUGUCCUCCUGGCGGGUCCCCAGAAGGGGAGAAUCAGGGCCUAG